AUUCACCGCUUAUUUGCUACAAAGUUUGUCUAACGUUGGUUUUAUGCGUGCGAGUAGGUAAAGUGAACAGAUCAUUCAAAGACAGUAUUUAUGCAAGUUGUGCUAAUAUGUUAUCCUUGUUGAUACUUUUGUGGACAAAAUUUGAACAAACUCAAUCCGAAAACUACUGCUUUAAUUCUUCUCUUGAAGGCUGGCGAUUAAAUGAACCCGUUAUAUUAAAAACUGACGCGCAAAGUGAAACAGAGUGUAUUUUAUCUUGUGUCAAAACACCUUGUUGUCGCUCCAUCAACUAUAGGAUUGGGUUUAAUCAAAGCUGUGGAAACGAAGGAAAUAAAGAUCGUUGUGAGAUGUUACAUAGCAUUCACGACAAAAAUGACUGUUCCAAAUUAGAACGAAAUACAAAGUACAAUUAUGUACUCUUAAUUUCGCCAAAAAAGAGCUUCAACAGAACAUGUAUUGAACGAAAAGAAUGUUUAAAUUCCAAAGCGUUGGGCAUGGAAAGUGGAGAAAUAUCUGAUUUGCAAAUAACGGCCUCGUCUGUGUUUUCGAACAAGAGCAAAUUUAGGGGGUUAAACGCUAGAUUAAAUUCAGACAAUUCUUGGUUAUCGGGAAAAGCCAAUCACAAGCAAUGGCUUCAAGUAAACUUCAAAAAAAGAGCAUCGGUAAUGGAAAUUUUAACACAAGGUCGUGGUUGUUGUAGUAGUUUUGUAAAGAAAUAUUUUGUCUCAUACUCCAAUGAUGGAGUCACUUUCAAAAAUUACACAAAAAACAAAGGAAUAAAGGAGUUUGAUGGUAAUUCUGACAUCGACACAAUUGUCCGACAGGAAGUUUCCCCAGUUAUCGUUUGUCAUUACAUUCGUAUUCAUCCAAUCUCCUGGCAAAAAGAUAUAUCGAUGAGACUGGAAUUUGUUGGAUGUUUUUCGUGCGCUUAAGUAAAAACAUGGUGUGUGAGGAGGGGGCGGGAAGAGAUUGUUUUAGUAAAUCAUACAUAGUUGCUACAGGUUUCUAAAGAUAAAUAAUUCUCUUAGAUUUUAUCACACAAAUUUUCAAAUUUAAAAAUAACACUCAACCAUAAACCAGCUAGAGAAGCACUAAAAGCAUAUAAAAUACAAGCCUUAGAAUCAAUGACUAAGAAUAGUAGUUCUUAAAAUGUAAUGUUAAAAUAAUUUUUUCAAUCAAUACCGGUUUAUAACUAAAAUAGUUAUAUUGCUAAAAAAAAACUCUUGCGCGUUUACUUGGAAGUGAUCACCUGUUAAAUACUGAUUUUAAAAUUCAAAAAUUACAAACCUCGAAAAACACUAAAACGACAUCUGUGUAUUUGAGUCUGAAAGUAUACAGAGCAGUAAUCUUUUUAACUUGCAUGCUUCACAAUAUAAUAUGGUAAACAUAAUAAUGUUUGGAGAGUGUUCAAUACAGGAGUAAAAGUAAUAAAUAAAUCGAUAAAACAACUUUA